AUGUCGGAGAAUCGCCGUGAGUCUUAUGUGCCAAUUGAGUUUACUCCAGAGGUAGAGAAGCAAUGUUUAAAGCAGGUCGAGUUUUAUUUCAGUGAAUACAAUUUUCCAUUCGACAAAUUUUUGAGAAGUACGGCAGAGAAGAAUGAGGGAUGGGUUCCAAUUACGACUGUUGCGAGUUUCAAUAGGAUGAAGAAGUUUAGGCCAGUUGAUGAGGUGGUGAAAACUUUGCGUAAGUCUACUGUAUUAGAAGUUAGUGCAGAUGGGGAGAAUGUCAAGAGAAGAGUUCCGUUGAACCUAGAGCACAAGAAGGUGAGGAGUGAGCGUACUUUGGCAGUUAUGAACUUCCCCCGGUUAGAUGACGACAAGGAUAGUAUCCAAAACGAGGAUAAGUUAGCUUUACAGGAGGAGAUGGAGAAAUUUUUUUGCGGCCUGGAAUCUUGCUCUGCAUCUAUCCAACAAGUUAGAUUAAAGAGGGACCACAAGAAGAAAUUCAACGGUACCGUUAUGAUUGAGUUUUCCAACAGUGCUGAUUGUAAGCAGUUCUUUGAGGUAUAUGGUAAAGAUGAUGCUUUAUCUUUCCAGGACCGUAAACUUGAUGUUCUCACAAAGCAGCAGUAUGAUCUUCAGAGAGAGGCGACACGCAGCAAGAAUUUUGGUGGUAACGGCCAGCGGUCUAGAUCCUUUACUGGACACAGGAAGAAUAUGCCAAGGCUUAAGGAUUCGAAGAAGGAAAAGGAGGGUACCAACCAGGCAAAGGUGGAAGGGGAACAGGUAGCCAAGACCGAAGGGGAGCCGUCUUCAAAGGAAGAUGAAGAGGCGGUUGUCUCUGAUUAA